AUGGGCGCAGCGAGCGAAGCUUCCCUGAGUGACGGUGGAUUCGGCGCCGUGGGAGCGGUGUCCGGAGUGCGAAGUCCGAUUACGCUCGCCCACGCCAUCAUGACCGCUGAGCGCAAGGGCCGACUGCCCCUUGGCCGAGUCCCGCCCAUGUUCCUGGUGGGCGAGGGAGCCAGACGAUGGGGCCUGGCCCACGGAGUUGAGGGCGUGCUGCCGUUGCCUUCCUCGCCCACGUCACACCUCAGGCGGAAGCGGGCUCGACAUGAAACGGAAAAGAGAAGAGACGGAGGAGAUGAUGAUGACAAAGGCGAAGUAGAAGGCGAAAGCGGAGAAGACGAAGAUCCGAUGGUCGCGCCGAGGGCAAGGGCCGCGUGGGAAAAGUACAGCGCACGCCUGCGGCUGUGGGCAGAGCUGGAGGAACGGAAAGAAAGACGGAGGUGCGGCGCCGACGAAGCCGAAGGCGACGACGGCGACAAUGACGGAGGUGGCGAGGUCCACCGGGCCAAGCGGCCAAAGACAGACCUCGCCGCCGCUGAGGCGGAAAGUGACAGUCUCUACGACACUGUGGGUGCAAUCUGCAUCGACGCCACCGGCAAGACCGCUGCGGGAGUGUCCAGUGGUGGCAUCGCUAUGAAGUGGGAAGGUCGAGUGGGCGAAGCCGCUCUCUACGGGUGCGGCUGCUGGGCUUCGGGCCUCGACCUGAACCCAUCGUCGUCGUCGGCCACACCGCGAUCACCCCGUGUGGCGGUGGCAUGCAGCGCCAGCGGGGUGGGCGAACAGAUCACCAAGUCCCUGCUCGCGUCGACGGCCUGCAGGGAGAUGGUGGGCGCUGACGAGGCGGACGUCGGUGCGCGGCGAGCGCUCGAGCACUUCUUCGCCGCCAACGCGCGCGAGGGCGACGGCACCCAGCACGCGGGGUUCAUCGCCCUACGAGCCACUACGACUUCCCAUAGUGGUAGAAGUGCGGAAGAAGGAGAAGAAGAAGAAGGAGGAGAAGAAGACGACGAUGCCGCAGCAUUGAUCGAAGGCGACCUGGUGGUGGCCCACAGCACCGAGUCCAUGGCCUACGGCUUCAUCGACCACACGCUGCGACCUCGGGACUGA